AUGGGCUGUGCAUCAUCAAAGAGUGUAGAGACCUCGCUUGCCGUCGACUCCUAUCGCCCCGCCGGAGCAAGCAUUGCUCUCCUCGAUAUCGAUGUUCUUCGAGAUCCAUUCCUCUUCCCCUCGGAGCAGCAACCAUCAAAGGCUAAGCCCCAAGAUGAUGAACUCAUCUUACACAAACUCACCACAUUUGAAUAUGCCUCUGAUGCUCCACACUCAUGGUCUGAGGUAAGUAAAAUCUUAGAAAACCUUAAACCUGCCUUAGACGAGAAUAAGACUAAGAAACCGACUGUCGAAUCUGAAAAUUCGCAAGAAUUGAUGAAAGGUUUAGAGGAUGAUGCAAGUGUUAACACUAAGCCUACCAAAAUAUCAAUUCCCCCAACAGGAACAAAGGCUGAUAAGGGAUUUUCAUUUCACACCGUUGAAGAAUUGGAUGCGAAAUUGAGCAAGAAAACAACAGGCAAAAAUGAAGAUUUGGAUUUGAAGGUGGUUAAGAAAACAAUGGCAAAAUCUUCAUCUUUGCCCUCAGGAGAGUCCCUAGAGGUUAGAAAUAAGAGGAUUAAUGAGGUUUCUAAAGGUGGGGAGUUCAAAUCUGUGAAAGACAAUAUCUUCAUAGUUAGAGAUAGAGAGGCCAAAUUCCAAAACCCAGAGCAAAGAGAAAGAUGGCUGUGGAGAAUGGACCCCUUACAUGGCUACCCUGAAAUGUGCCCUCCGAACGGCGCAGGCUCUGUGGUGUUUUACACAACAACGCUACGUGGGGUCCGGCGAACAUUCGAGGAUUGCCAAAAGAUGAAAUCCAUGAUCGAGAUAUGUCGGAUCCCGGCCGACGUUCGAGACGUGUCGUUGCACUCGGAGUUCUUGACAGAGUUGAGAGAGUUGCUGGGAGAGGAGGUGAAUGUGCCCAGGCUUUUUAUCAGGGGUAGAUACAUAGGAGGCAUUGAGGAGGUUGAGAAGCUGAAUGAGGAUGGAAAGCUUGUUCCAAUGAUAGAGAGAGUGGGAAUUAAGAGAGAGAUUGGGGAGAAUGGUUUGGAAGUGUGUGGUGGUUGUGGGGGGAUGAGGUUCAUGCCAUGCUUGAAAUGCAGUGGGAGUUGCAAGAUUUUGAAUGAGGAGAAGGUUGUGGAAAGAUGUCCUGAUUGCAACGAGAAUGGUCUCAUAUUAUGCCCAAUUUGCCAUUGA